GAGUGGAGUCGAUAUGAUUUUAAGAGUGGAGUUCUCCAGUCUCUCCGAAGUUUAGGGAAGAAACUUAUUGUAAUUUUGCUCGGAGAAAUCAAACUAUCAGAUCUCGAUCCAGAACUUAGAUGUAUUGUGAACUCUGCCACCUUGUUAAACUGGGGGGAACACAAAUUCUGGGAGAAGGUAAAAUUCAAUCUGCCGGAAAGAGGAGAUACAGGGAUAUCACAAUCCACUACUCUACAAUCCUAUCCUUCUACUCUACAUUCAUUCAACUCAGUUCUAUAUCAGGUUCCUGACCUUUACGAAGCUAGUCCAAGAUAUGAAUCUGCUCCCGGUCAACCUUCUCUCCGUCCUCUUCUCUCUCCAACCUCUCCGGACGGAUUAGUUUCUCCGGGAGGAGUUCUAACCAAUCUCCAAACCAUCUCUAGGUCCAAACCAGGCUCAGUUUAUCCUCCCGCAACCUGUUUACAGAACACCUUCCCUCACUCAUCAUUCAGGAUCCUACACCCAGUCGGUGAUCCUUCACGUGAUCCUACGCUACUACGUGAUCCAUGUGAUCUUACGCAAUUCAGACCUCCUGCGUAUGGCACGAGAACACUGAGAAAUCAGAAUUUGUAUUCUGCACAAACAAAUCCACGGCACAUUGAUCAUAUUUACCAGGUGUGCAUGUGAUCAUUGAUAAUAUAAACCAAGUUUAUAUGUUAUCACUGAACGCAAAAUAAUCUUUGAAUGUUUUAAAUUUUCCCCUUAAGUAAGAUUAAGAUUUUUAUUGAUCAAAUGAUCAAACGACAAAGUGAACUUCAUGUGAUGUCUUAUCUUGCCCGAGAUUCAAAUCAAUCAAUCAAAUAAUCAAUUCUUCCGUUUUCAAAAUCAAGUUUUUAUAAAAACUAAUUUUUACCUUUUGUAACUCUUCCAUCACAAUUGGAAUUGCGAACUAAACAAAAUAAAACUGAUUUUUCUAUUUUAAUCCUUGCAGUACACUUUUUUGUAACAAUGUUUGUACAGCAUGAUAGUGUACGAUCCAAGGGCGUACACAGAAAACAAUCUAGGGAGGGGGGUAAAUAUGCGCGAAGCGCAAAAUUGUUGUCCCCCCUAGGAGCUCGUAGGGGGCAAAAUUUGAACUGUCAAUUCAAAACAUUUGGCUUCUUGGAUACUUUAAAGGUACAAAUACAGUCUACUUACAGCUACUACAUUAUCUCCUUCAAUCAAAAGUAGCAGAAAAAAAAACAGCAAACUAACUUUUUAUGUUCUUCACUCUUCAAUUUAAGAUUUCAAAAGUGUGAUAGCUCUGAGUUCUAGCCCCCCCCUUUACAGUUCUAGGGGGGGGGGGGAACUGCCCCCCUGUUCACGCCCUUGGUACGAUUAUUGUUUAUUAUGAGAUAAAUUAUAAAAUAAUAUAGUGCCAGGCAUAUAUCUUAAAUGGACUGUAAGCGAAAUUUUAAGAAACCUUCUCAGCAAAGAAGGCUGUGCCAGAUUCAGAUAAAUCAGUUUAAAGGGAACUGGUGUGAAUCUGGGAGGGUCACUUGAAAUUACGCUUACAGUCCCUUUAACAUCUGAGGAUGAUGUUAUAAGGGUUCAUUCUGAUAUCUGUAU